AACUGUUCAGUCCGUAAUUCGCAACAGUAAUACGUUCCUUUGGGCAUUGUUUAUCAACAGAAAUGAUUUAAAAGAUGGCUUCGCCUUUCCUGCAGGCAGAAAAGAGAGAGGAUGAUGGUGCAACAAGUAGCCAUCCUGAAGUCAUGGAUAUUGAGUUGGUUGAUCAACUAAUGGCAGAGAAGAAAGAGGAUGAUGGUGCAACAACCAGCAAUAAUGAAGUCAAAGAAAUCGAGUUGGUCGAGAAAGAUUCAGAAAUUAUUGACGAAAACAUCCCUUCAAAAAUCCGGGAAGUCUUAGUAGAAAAGGAUGCCAUGAUUGCUGAAUUGAAAGAGAAAGUAAAGUAAGGGAUGGAGCAAAAUAAGCGUUUAGAAGGGGAGUUGAACGAGAGUCGAGAAAGGUCCGAAGCGGAGUCUAUAAAACUGCAGAAAGAGAAAGAAAAAAAUUCUGGUCAUUUGAAGCAGAUAGAGGAGUUGCUUGCCAACAGAAAAGAACUUGAAAGGGAAAUAUCAAUACAAAAGCAGGAACUUAAACGUCGUUAUACAGAAAUAGAAAUCCAAAAAGCGAAUUUUCAAGUUGUGACCCUGUCGAACGUAAAACUUCUCAGCGAACUGGAUAAAGAAAGAAGAGAGAAGAAACAGCUUGAAACGUCGAGCUGCGAUGUCUUGUCUUGCAUCGCCAGUGAAAACGAGAUUUUACAACAACAAAACUUAAUUCUCGCUGAAGAUUUUGCCGAUGAGCAGUUUGACAGACAAACGGUUGAAGCGGAACGAGUGAAUGAGGAAGAACGUCUUGCUCAAUUAGAGCAACAAAACUUGACUUUGCACGAGAGCUGCGAUGUCUUGUCUUGCAUCGCCAACGAAAGCGAGAUUUUGCAACAACAAAACUUAAUUCUGGCUGAAGAUUUUGCCGAUGAGCAGUUUCACAGACAAAUGGUUGAAGCGGAAAGAGUGAAUCUGGAAGAACUACUUUCUCAAUUAGAGCAACAAAACUUGAAUUUACGUCAAGAGAUUGAGUCUGUCUUCCCUUUCAUGGCUGAUGAAAACGAAAUUUUACGGGAACAAAUAAGCGAGUUAAAUGAUGAGCUCCAAGACGAAAGGGAUCGCAAUGACGUUUUGCAACGUGUUAUGGCCAUAAUGGCUAGAGCUCAUAUGAGGUUAGGAAAUGGAGUGGCUGGAAGAGCUCGUAGGGGGUUCGGAAUUGGAGUGCUCCAAGACGAAAGGGAUCGCAAUGACGUUUUGCAACGUGUUAUGGCCAUAAUGGCUAGAGCUCAUAUGAGGUUAGGAAAUGGAGUGGCUAGAAGAGCUCGUAGGGGGUUCGGAAUUGGAGUGGUACCCGAUGCACUGGGAUGAGAGAAAACUGCUGCACGGAUAUUUCCAUUUAUUUUAUUCUCUUAACAUUUUCAUUUGGUUACUACUGUAGACUAGCAAGAACUAUACGUAUACCCCAGUAAACUCAAUAUUUGGAGCGAUAACUUGCAGUCUAAAAGUGCAGUAAGCCUGCAUGGUGGUUCAAAGAGAUCUUACUGCGGCCAACGAAAAAAGUUACAUCCGAUCCCUUUUAAUUAAGCAUGCGUAGGAUAGAAAAGAAGUAACUUUUAUAAGAUAAGAUACUUUUAUGAUACUUUAAGAUACUGUAGUAUAAGAUACUUUUGAACUUUGAAAAUAUCUUCGCUCCUUUGAGCUGAGAGUAAUUGCUUUGGUAUUGUUAACCAAAACAACGAUGAUAUAAAUGCUCUCUAGUUUUAUUUCACUAAUUCUACCUGUAAGACGGACAAUCGUGAGACUGGGCAAAUAACGUAGAUACGAACCUCUCAGAGGGCCAUUUCGAAAGGCUUUAUUAUUUCCGAUAUGAAAGACUGCGGAUUAACGCUCCAGAUAUUUUUAGAGUUCACUGGGCUGCACCAGGUAUUAAUAAUAAUGUGGGUUUUUAAAGCCGUUGACAAAUAGCUUGUAUAGCAAGCACGCAGGAGGUGGUAGAUGUUGACAUGGAUUAAAGGUGAAAAGGUUUAAUGCGAAUUGGGGACGAUUGUGGAUUGGUGAGGAUUGAUGAGGAUUGAAAACGAUUGAAGGCUGGUCUCUAUACUCGGAGAAGUUGUCCUCAAAACCGGAUCGGAUUUAGUUCCUUUUUUUAGUUAUUUCAAUCCGAACCGAUUGACUGAAACGUUGCGGGAACCUUUUAAGUCCCUGUUACACUGCGCAAUUUUUCUUGCAACUUGAAAUGCAAUUCUACUUCUAAGAGAUGUAAACCAGUGAAGAGUCUUGCAGAAGAAAAGUGCAUGAAGUGUAAUAAAAACAAAAGUUUCGUUCUUCCCAAAUAUACAUUUCGCAAAAGUAGAAUUGCAUUGCAAGUUGCAAGAAAAAUUGCACCGUGUAACAGGGCCUUUAAAUCCGAUCUGUUGCCGACAAUAUUAAUUCUCCCGAGUGGAAACCAGCACGGCGUGGAUUGAUGCUGGAUGGCGAGGGUUAAUGCUUAUUGACAAGGAUUAGUGUGGAUUGACGAAUAGUAAAGAGGAUUAUGGGCUGGUUUUUACUGAUAGGGAGUUUAAGAUUCGCGUUUCCGUGAAAUGGCAAGCAGCAAGGCCGAACUCCUUGGCGGAAUUUGGCGGAAUGAUAUCUCCUUUCUUAUGUAGAAACAUUAGUUGUGCCUUGGCACUGCCGUUUCACGUGUCUUGUGAAGCUUAAACUUUUGAUUGAAAAUUAAAUGCUCUGGAGCGGACAGAGAAGUUCCUUAUUCCGUGUUUUUGCAAGGCUUGUUGCAAGUCACGGAAAUCCUUCUCCGGACCGGGUCGGACAUUAAAGUGGUUUUUAUCCGUGUGUUCUCAAUUAAAGCUAAUUGUCUUCAACACAAGAGAAACCAUUUUGUUCGAUCCGGUCCGGAUGAUAAUUUCCUGUGCUGGAAACAAGCCUUAGUGCGGAUUGAGGAUGUUUUGUUGUGUAUUGUUGCGUAUUGGCGAGGAUUGAUUAGUUUAAAUAAGUAUUGACACGGAUUAUAGGCUAUUUUUCACUGUGGCAAAUUAUCCUAAAAACGUGCCCGGUCGGGCACUGAUGUCUCUUUUUUUGUUUCUUUUUCAAUCAGAACUAAUCCAAUGGGCAGAAAUCGCGGACAUUUAAUAUGCUGAUUGCCGUAAAUAAUUCGCAUAUUUGUUCAAAUAUAAAUUCAAUUGCUGCACUAUAGAUUAUAUUGCGGAUUCUUGAAUUGCGCAAUAUUUGAGAAAAUUGAAUAUGGAAAUUUCGCAAAUGUUGAUUUUAUCCGAGUUUUCUGGUCAUGACUUGGUCACACAUUAGUACGAAUUAAGACAUUAUAGUACUAAUCAGUAAGACAUUAGUACGAAUUGGUGUGGUUUAGUGCGGCUUGACGAGGGUCUAUAUAGUUCGCGAGGAUCUAUGUGCUUGGCGAGGAUCUAUGCGGAUUUAUAGGGAUUGACUUAGGGUAAUGCGGAUCGAUUUUUAGUAGAUGAAACGCAAAUAAAACUUCUCUGUCCGUUCCAGGGAAAUUUUUUGAGAGCAAACUAGUCUUAUUGAUGUUAGAUCUGCUUUGAUGGGGAUUGAUAAUGAUUGACGCAGGGUAGAGGUGGGCAAGAAGGAAAAUUGGGAAGGAGGUAGAGGUAAUUAUGAUUGAGACGGCUUGUUGAGGCAAAUUCAUAUGGCAAAUAGUUUAUUUUUAAUAUAAUGUCUAUUUGUUAAUUAAUUUAGAGGUGAUUUUUUGUUUCUUUUGCAUGGAUUUUUUCACCUCAGAAUUUGUUAACGUCUUUAUAGAAUGUAAUCACAAGAUCAAAUACAUUGAAUACCCGCUAUUUGAAUUUUUGUGAAGGAACCCCUUUAUUCGGCUUCAACCCAUUGCAUAAAGAACACUUAAAUCAGAGAGUAGCUUCU